AUGUUAUAUUUAAUGAUCAACAGCUCUGAUGUUAUUGAUAUUAUUAAAGUAAUAAUUGGUUGCAGCGUACUUUCGGUGGUCUACUUAAUCUAUUCAAUUGUGCUACCUCCCCGAAACUUUCCCAAGAACAUUCCUACCAUUCCAUUUUAUGUCUCAUUUCUAGGAUCCUAUACAGAACUUGACCAGGGGCAAAUCUAUACACUAUACUUAAGGGAUAAAUUAGAAGAGUAUGGAGCAGUGAAGAUCUACUUCGCAUCUCGUUGGAACAUACUAGUAACAAAGCCAAAGCUUUUAGCACAAAUAUUCAAACAGGAAGACAUCUUUGCAAAAAGUGGAAAUCAGAAGAAGAUUCCGUAUUCAAUUUUAUCGGAAUAUACUGGGGACAAUGUAAUAAGUGCUCAUGGGAAAAAUUGGAAGUUGUACCGGUCUCUUGUAACUUCAGGAAUUCAAUUUCCCGAAACUCUCCCUGUUAUACGAAAUUCGGAGAAAUUGAUCAAUAUAAUAUCCCAGGAGAUUGAAAAUGAAAAAUGCGUCAUGAUUACUGACCUUGUGCAAAGGUUUUGCCUCGCAAACGUUGGUGAAGCAAUGUUAGGAACAGAUUUUCAAGCAUUAGAAGACAAGGAAUGCGAUCUUCAUGAAAGACUAAAACAAAUAAAAUCUCAAAUCUUCAAACCUUUUUACAUGAAUUUUCCUUUCUUCGAUAUGUUUCCUAUUCCGAGUAGACUUAAAGCAAGAAAUGAGGUCAAAAAUUUCAGGAACUACUAUUGUGAGAAAGUCAUAUCUUCUCAAAGAAGAUCACACGUAAGUAAAUUAACGGCAGGUUACGCUUUGGUAGACGCUUUAAAGGACAAGCUAAUAACGGAAAAGCAAUUUGCAGACAAUGCUGUCAUCAUUAUGGUGGCUGGCCACGAAAAUCCCCAAUUAUUUUUAAUGUCCUUAUUGUACGUGGUUGCGAAAUACUCUAAUGUACAAAAACAAUUAAGAGAAGAAUUAGCCAUUAACGGCUAUGAGCUUGACCCAAAUGCUCCAUCUUUGCUUGCAAUUAUUUAUGAAACACUACGAAUGUUCCCUCCUUUAGGGCAAAUAAUAAAUAGGUGUACAGUGGAGCCCGUAGUAUUGGGGACAGAUAUAUGCAUACCAAAAGGAGUUUACGUUGGAUAUAAUAACUACGGAACAGGCAGAGAUAAAUCAGUAUGGGGCGAGGAUGCAGAUGAGUUCAGACCAGAAAGAUGGGGAACAACGACUGAGGAAAUUACUAGAAAUUACUUAGCAUGUAAAAGCAGCAGUAAAUUAGCAGCUUUUCAUGGAAGAAAACGGGCAUGUCUUGGAGAGAAAUUUGCAUUAUAUGAAGCUAAAGUAUUCAUAACCGAAAUAGUUAAAAAUUUUGAAAUAGAGUUAGACCCUACAUGGAAGGACCGAAUUACUUCAGCAGGACCAAUAUGCCCACAGCAGUUGAGACUUGGGUUUACUUCAGUGAAUAAAUCUCCUAAAUAUGAAAACCAAUAA